UGAGUUUCCUAAAUGGAAGUGGCAAGUGACAGUUGGCGAAUUCAAUUUAAAUCAGGAAGACUAUGGCGAGGAAGUGUUUGAAGUAGAAGGCAUAUAUAAUCAUGAGCUCUUUAACAAAAAACCGCUUGACUAUGAUGUAGCUUUGAUCCAGAUCAAGCCAGCGUUCGAUGGUCGUGGAAUUAAGUUCAACGGCAUGGUAAAGCCAGCCUGUACUAACAAACUUAUACAAACAACUUCUCUUAUGGUCGGCGAGCUCCUAGUUUCCGGAUGGGGACAUUUGAAUGAAAGUAGUUCGAAACUGUCGGACGUGUUACAGAAAGCCACGGUGCCUUUGAUUGACCAAAGGGAAUGUGAAAACUAUUAUCCCUGUUUGAUCACAGAGCGAAUGUUCUGUGCUGGCUAUCCUGAUGGCGCCAUCGACUCGUGUCAGGGCGACAGUGGAGGACCAAUAGUCUUUAAAGCUGACAAUUAUACAGUUCUGUAUGGCAUUGUAUCGUGGGGACACGGAUGUGCUAGACCUAACAAGCCUGGAGUUUACACACGCGUCAGUGAGUUCAUCAGCUGGAUUCAGAAGACAAUAUAUUCAAAUAGUGACAAUGUUGAGCAGAUCAAAAUUCCAUGUUAA